AUGGGGUCUUCUAAGCCGCCAUCUUCACCCGCUGCUCCUUCGAGCCCACCGGCGGCAGCCGCCGAAGCGGGCACGCACGGAGAGGAGGCCGCGCCCAUCAUUGUGGAUCCCGAGUUUGAAACCGAGGUUCAAGGUGAUGGUGACUCUGCCAUUGGAUAUGCCGAAUCUUCCACCGCGUCUCUCAGCUCUUCCAUCUUGCAGUACCGUGAGAUUCAUGGACGCACAUAUCAGAAUUUCAAGGAGGCCGAGUACUGGGCACCUAAUGAUGACAAGCAAAAUGAUGGGUUGGACUUGCACCACCACAUGAUGUAUUUGAUCCACAACAACUCGCUUUUCCGGUCACCAGUUGAAGAUCCAGAUGCUGUUCUUGACGUGGGCACCGGAACCGGUAUUUGGGCCUUGGACUGCGCGGACCAAUUUCCCGCCGCCGAAGUCAUCGGCACUGAUCUUUCUCCCAUCCAGCCAACAUGGACGCCCCCCAACUGCCGUUUCGAGCUUGAUGACGCCUCCUUGGACUGGACCUUCUCCGCUGACAAGUUCGACCUCGUUCACCUCCGCUUCCUCAUCGGCUCCAUCGAAGACUGGCCCAAACUCUACCGCCAAGCCUACCGCUGCCUCAAGCCCGGCGGCUGGCUCGAGCACACCGACUUCACCAUCCGCAUCGCCUCCGACGACGGCUCCAUCCCCAUCGAGGAUCCAAAACACCCUUACGCCAUCUGGAACAGGAUUUUUGACGAAGCUGGUGAGAAAAUCCGCCGCACCUUUUUGGUGUCCGACAAGGGCAAGAAUGCCGAGUGGAUGAAAGAAGCAGGCUUUCCUGGGCCGUUCAACGUCGAGCAUUACAAGUUGCCCUUGGGGACAUGGCCAAAGGACAAGAAGUGGAAAGAGGUCGGAGCCUUUAACAAGCAGAGCUGCUUGGAAGGGCUGGAGGGGUAUGUUCUUUACCUUGCGGUGAAGAUCUUGGGGUGGAAGUUUGAGGAGGUGCAGGUUUUGUGCAGCAAGAUGAGGAGCGCGUUGGCCAACCCCAACUAUCAUGCCUAUUAUGGGUGCUCAACGGUAUGGACACAAAAGCCGCUUGAUGAGCAAGCUGUUGGCGACGCGGAAGCCUAGAAUGAUGCACAUUCUUUUAUGCUUUGGUCAUGUACGGAGGAAUCAACGAUGGCUACAGUGAAGGUGGGAGAUUUGGGUCGGCCAGAAAACAAGGG